AUGACGGCAUCUCAGUCUGUACUCCAGAAACGGAAACGCGUAGACGAACCUGCGGACGUGAAACAGCGGCAGGUUCGUCAGAAAAUCCUACGAGAGAAAAAGUCUGAUAUCUUGGCGAAUUUGGCCUUUGAAUUGUCUGAUAAAAUCCGCCGAUUGCGUUCGAAUGCCUCUUUAUUGGCUUCGACUAUAAAGAUGCGCGGUGAAAUUCGCAUUGCAUCUAUUCCCAGAGCCCAACGAAGCGUAAAGCUACGUGACCUCAUUAAGAAAGAGCCAUCCUCUAUUCCUCGUGUAACAACUCCCUGGCGUUCUCGUAUUAAGGACUUCUACAAGCUAGACGAAAUCUCGCCUACUAAACGUGAACCAAGCAAACUGAAAUUUGAAGUAAAGAAGGCCAGCAAGUAG